GUUAGCAUCGAUGUUUCUCCACCACUAUCAAAAGUUCUCCGAGCUGAUUUAACUGACUUAAUUUCUGUUUUAUUUACCAUUGUGAUAAACGCGUGUGAAAAAACAAAGACUUUCCAAUUAACUGCGAGCACAGCCGAUGCCCGAGCGAAAGUGCGAGUAACGAAAAACGAGCGGAAAAACGAGUUUUGAUUUGAUUUUGUAUUUGAUUGUGAAAGCGCAGCAAGAUUUGUCAACGCAAACAAGCAAGAAGCAGAGCUCACGGAAUAGCGUAAUAUUUGUUAGUAAUAAUAGCAUAAAAAAACAACAACAUCGCGGAAGCAGAAUCCGACUUAUCUCGCUGCCCGUUUCCGUUGGAGGGCUAAAAAUAAACCCACCCACGCUCCCCCGCCCACAAGCCACCAAAUCGCCAACCCCACACCCUGCCCACAAGCCACCCACACCCACGCACAAAUUUGGAGAGGUGAACUUGUGUUGACUUUUCCAGCACGCGGACUUUUCCGGAGGAAAAUGCAAAAAUGAGAGUUCGAGCAACCAGCAGACAACUGGGAAUUUGCAAACCGGAGGCGCCUUGAAUGAGAGUCCUUAGCCCGACAUGUCAGAUUUCGUGCCGCGCGACCUCCUCCCCGAACUGUGGGAGGAGAUACUCAAGCGCCACUGGAAUUUCCUCGAAACGGAGGAGAGCAUACAGAAGCUCGAGGAGCGCAAGAAGCUAGAGGGCUGCCUGAAGGACUUCCUCUGCGUGGUGCAGCACGAUCGCAAGUUCUUCCUGCCGGAGACAGGGCAUGUCCUGCGGCGAUCCGUGCGCGAACUGUCCGACUUUUCGGCUCAGAACGCCAUCGUGGCCUUCGAGAAGAUCAGCCAGUAUGCCAACAACCUGUUCACAAAACCCUGGCGCAAGGAAUAUCGCACACUCAAGACCUAUUCGGGUUGCUUCCAGCACGACAUCCAAUCCCGCCUGCUGGACGCCGAGCAGCUCUUCCUGGCCAUGGGCUAUCGCAGGCUCUCCGAGGACACCUUUGUCCUGGAGGGGCCCAUCUGUCCGGAUCAGGUGACGAAUGUUUCGCGCGACGCCAUGGCCGCCUAUGUGGAGUGCCAGAUCAUGAAGCACAUCUAUGCUGGAGUGACGGCAGCGGGCUACAGCUGCAGUUGGAAGGAUAUACUGCAGUAUCGCGAGCGCCUCGUCGCCGGCACCACGCGCACCAUCAAGGAGAUGGUCAGCCACCUGAGUGAGAAACGGAUGCGCAAGGAGCAGCCGCCGGUGCAGGAGAACACGUACAGCAAUGUGGCGCCAUCCGGCUGUGUCCUGCAUGGCAACAACCUGGCCCACCAUCCCGGCAGCUCCGGCAGUUGUGCCCUGCAUCCGAAUGGCCUGAACGAGGUGGCCAAGUAUAUGCCGCCGUAUCCGGCGCCACCGUUGCAGCAGCCGCUGCCGCAUCUGCCCGGUCCGCUGAUGACGCACUCGCGCAGCUUGGAGCACUACCAGGAGCCGCAUGCCCAUCUGCCGCACCGCCACUCCUUCGACCAGCAGCUCCAGCAUCAGCAGCAGCAGCAGUGUCAGCUGACCCACGUCUACGAGGCGCCGUACGACUGUCUGGAUGGCCUGAGCCUGGGCAGCAGUGCCUCCUACGCGGCUGUUGCGGGGGCCUACAAUGCGCCGGGAAAUCGCUACCCGCUGCCGUACAACAUCUCCAGCCAGCUGAAUGCCCCGUAUGCCUCGCCGCCCGCCGACGUCUACGGCGGUGGGGAGCACCCCCACAUGUACGCCACGCUGGGGAAGACGGGCCCAGCGCACAGUUGCGGCUACCACCGGCAGCGGCAGCCGAGCAGUUCGGCAGCUGCCGCCGCCCUGGCCGCCAUGCAGCAUCGCCAGAGCACGUAUCCGCCGGACCACCAUCUCAUCGACUUUGACGAACGGGCGCAACUCACCCAGCACGACUUCGGCACGCACGACUACGAGCCGCAGUACGCCGAACUGCGGGCUCAGGUGACGCCCAGUCUGCGCGGGAAUCCGGCUGCCAUGUAUGCCACCUACGGAGGCUACGAUCUGCCCACCACGUUGCCGCAGGCGCCGCCGCCAACGGCCCAGGACAUGUACAUCUAUGCCCGUCCGGUGCCCAAGAGCAGCCGCAUGCGGGCGCUGGCCGAGGCGGGUGGCAUCAAUCCGACUGACAAGCAUCCGCGAUCAGCGGACAAACAGAUCACCAUGGACAAUAAUCGCAUGAUGCACAAGGAAUUGAAGGAGCGGGCUAGUCGAACGGCUCCGGCGAAGAGGUCCGGCAACGAACGUGAUGUACCCACCACCAUUUCCGACAUCAACAGCUACGACUCGGCCAGCCUGGAUGGCUUUGUGACCCUGGACAGCGCCUCGCCGCCCCUGAUGAUGCCCAAGGUGCAGGAGGGCGUGGGCAGCUUUGAGUCCUGGAACUAUGUGUUCAAGAACCUCGAGCGCACCGGCUACACCAAGGACUUGGGCGAUCGCGAGGAUUUGCUCGUGCAGAGCCUCGACCUGGACUCGCUGACCAUAACGAAUGGGGCCGCAGUUGCUGCUCCGCCGGAGAAGCGACGCGAGGCGGUGAAACCAACGAAUGGCGAGAAGGCACGCACGCUGGAGAAGAAGACGGGAACGACGACGCGACGCGAGGCCAAGACUGUGCUGGCUCCGACGCCUAGUCCGCUGCCCAACAGCAGCAGUGCCGGCGUAAGGAAGGUCAAGUCCGCACUGAAAACGGCCGUGGUGGACGGCCAUCGGGGAACUGGAUCGCGGCAGCGGUCGGGAGCUGUGCCCAAGCAACCGCCGGCCGUGUCGCCGCAGCUGAUUGUGACCAGCCCGAACGAGUGGAGCUGCAGCUUCUGCACGUUCCUCAAUCCGGACACCAAGCGCAUCUGCGAGAUGUGCUGCCGCAGCAAGGACUUCAAUCUGGAGGCCGCCACGGCGGCAUCCUCAUCGGCGGCGGCGGCGGCAGCUGCAGCGGCGGCGGCGGCGGCGGCCAGCGUGUCUCAUGCAUCCUCGACCUGCGUGUAGGAGGAUCUCGGUCUCGAUCCGAUCCUCGCCCCGUUAGUGAUACAAAACAGUGUAUAGCUUGAUAUAUAUUUUUUAUACAACCAAUGUGUAAGCCUGUGCGCGUGUCUCCAA